AUGGCACAGGCUUAUGUUCUUGGGGUGGGCUUGACCCAGUUUUUGAAGCCUCGUCGCACCCGUGAAUACCCUGAACUGGGCUACGAAGCAGCAGUCAAGGCACUGAUCGAUGCGCAUAUCACAUAUGACGAAGUGCAAACCGGCAUUGCUUGUUAUUGCUAUGGGGACACGACCUCAGGCCAGCGGGUUCUGUAUCAGCUGGGAAUGACAGGCAUCCCCAUUUACAACACCAACAAUGCGUGUGCCACAGGCUCGACUGGCUUGCACCUUGCGCGCACCCUGGUGAAAGGGGGUGUGGUUGACUGCGUGCUCGUGGUCGGCUUUGAGCAGAUGCGCCCGGGGUCCAUCAAGAGUGUCUGGGAUGACCGACCGAGCCCAUUGGGGCCAUCGACCACCAUGAUGGAGGACACGUAUGGGAAGCAUUCGAGUCCCCGGAAUGCGCAGUACUUUGGCAACGCAGGACAGGAAUAUAUGGACAAAUAUGGAGCCAAAGCCCAGGACUUUGCUGAAAUAGCUCGCAUUUCGCAUGAGCAUUCACAACGGAAUCCAUAUGCUCAGUUCAGAACCGCAUACUCCUUAGACCAGAUCCUGGACCCCCAAACCCAGAUCUAUGGACCGUUGACCAAGCUUCAGUGCUCUCCAACCAGCGAUGGAGCAGCAGCAGCGGUCAUUGUCUCUCAGCGAUUUCUCGAUGCGCGACCUCACCUUAGAUCCCAGGCAAUCCUGAUGGCUGGUCAGCAGUUGAUGACCGAUGGACCUGAUGUCUAUUCCCGCAGCGCGAUCGAUCUGGUUGGGUUCAAUAUGUCGCGUCAAGCCGCACAGCUGGCGAUGCAGGAAGCUGGCGUGAAGGCAAAAGACAUCAAGGUCUGUGAGCUUCAUGACUGCUUCUCGACCAACGAGCUUCUCCUGCUGGAUGCUCUCGGGUUUUCGGAACCAGGGAAAGCCCACGAGAUGGUUCGGCAAGGAGACAUCACCUACGGUGGUCGCGGCCCCGUGAUAAAUCCAUCUGGGGGUUUGAUAUCGAAAGGCCAUCCACUGGGGGCCACCGGCCUCGCUCAGUGUGCAGAGCUAACCUGGCAGCUGCGUGGAUGGGCCAACAAUCGCUUAGUUCAUGGAACAGAUGUCGCCUUGCAGCAUAACCUUGGAUUGGGAGGAGCCGUUGUGGUGACAGUCUAUAAAAGAGCGGACGGGAAAGCGAGCGAGGCUGUUUCAAGCGAGGAAAUCAGCAAAAUCUCCGGUAUGGGGUAUAACCCGGCCGUGGAAGCUCGAUAUAUCACCCCUGAGGAUGGAGAACGCGUUCGUAGCAUAACAGAACGCCAUGACUAUCCGCUCCUCGACACGGCAGGAAAGCUGAAAGCCCGUAUGUGA